AUGGUUCGGAACAUUGUCGCUGAAACCAUCAAGACUCUCCCACCACGAUUACUGAACACGAUAACGGGCGUCCUGUGUGAUCGGGAUGCGCAGAUAUCGUAUUUUGAGGGUAGCAUUCAUUACGAUGAGCUGCUAUCCUCCUUGUCCUCCAUAUCCUUCAAACAUGACGAUCCUGCAUGCAAGGCGUUAGUUCACUCAACAAUCUCGAAAUUCUUUCGGUACGGUACACUGUCUCAUAGGUGGGGCACUGGCGAACCCCUACUACGUGACAUCCAAGGAAAUAAUAUCUAUGAUUUGGGUAAUAGAGAAGGCAUCGCAAAGCUCCGAAACUUCUCACUUCUCACUCUUCGACACCGCUACUCAUGGGCAUGGAGUGAUACGUGCUGCAUCAAUAAGGACAGUAGUUCGGAAUUACAAGAAGCCAUCGCGUCUAUGUUUUCUUGGUAUCAUCAUUCGGCCUUAACCAACGUGCAUCUCUCCGAUGUAUCCGACUCAGCUUCAUCCACCAAUAGCGUCUGGUUCCGACGGGGUUGGACUCUCCAGGAGUUGCUGGCUUCUCCUAGGAUCCUCUUUUACACUCAGGACUGGUCCCUCUACAAGGGCUGCACUUCUCCAAACCACAAAGUGGACAGCGCUAUUUUCGCAGAGCUUCAAAAGGCAACAGGAAUUGGAGAGUCACAUCUUAAGAACUUUAGCCCAGGCAUAGAUGAUGCACGCUCUAGGCUUCGAUGGGCAUCGGCACGUUCUACCACCCGGUCAGAAGAUUCUGCUUAUUCGCUUUUCAGAAUUUUCCAGGUUCAUUUACCUGUCAUCUACGGUGAAUUCGCAGAGGGAGCCCUUGGACGGCUCUUGGUGGAGAUCAUUUCACGGUCAGGAGAUGUCUCAGUUUUAGACUGG